GGGAGCGGUAGUGGAAGUGGAAGUGGAAGCGGGAGUGGAGGCGGAAAUGGAAACGGCAAUGGCAAUGGCAAUGGCAAUGGCAAUGGCAAUGGCAAUGGCAAUGGCAAUGGCAAUGGCAAUGGCAAUGGUAAUGGUAAUGGCAAUGGUAAUGGAAACGGUAACGGUAAUGGUAAUGGUAAUGGCUCAGGUGGAAGCAGCAGCACUGCGACGACCGCACCUGCGUCGUCACCCAUAGUUUCCACUGGCUCCCCUUCGCCACCCGGGUCAAAAGGUUCCUCUCCGCCACCUCCGGGAAUCACAUCUCCCAACGGUACCAAUGCCAGCGGCAGCCAGCUCAAUUCCAACGGAGUGCCGCCCAUGAACGUCCAAGGCACUCCACUAGCGACAUCCCAAUCUUCAUUUUCGACAGGACAUCCAACGGCGACUCAGUCAACGGGUGUACCAGCCGCCGGUUCGGGUGCAUCCAGUGGUGUCGGAAGUUCCCCAAGUGAUGCUGCUCCCACUCUUACCACUGGAGACGCGACGUCUUCCCAUCAACUGUCUUCGGGUGCAGUUGGAGGAAUCGUUGUCGUAUGCCUUCUAUUCCUGAUCGGACUGAUUGUGCUCCUCGUCCGGCGUCGCUUCGUUGCUCGCCGUCUUGAGCGCCGUCAACAAUGGUGGUUCGGCAGAAAUGCUGCGUCAAGUAGUUUCUCUAUCGUAGGAAGCAGUAUGCGAGAGUCUCAGAGUGGGGGGGCACCUGUCCUGAACAGGACGAGUGCUCGCAGUAGCUUUGCUACCAACUUUGAUCAAGGACUCAUGUUCCGCGUUGAUUCCCCGACUUCAUCCCCCAAUGUCGAUCUCGCCGCCCUCGGAACCAUUCCUGAGUUACCUCCCAUGGCGGAAGUGCGCGAGCGCACCUCGCUCUUGUUCCCUUCCGCUGGUGCUGUUGCUCGUAGGGAGUCUAUGAAUAGCAUGAUGAGUAACGGCAGCGACCCCGACACUCAAUACCUCAUCGUAACAAACGACCUCAACCCUCUCGGACAAUAUAGUCCCAUGUCCGUCCGUCCGUUCUCUCCGUCAGAAUCCUUCGCGUUCCCAAAGCCACCCCCAUGCCCUAAUGAGGGGCAGGGUAAUUCAUCCGCUUCUGUUGUUAGCGGUCACGGCCUCGUUUCUCCUUUGUCAUCCGCUGCUACACUCAUCCAGAUCCACUCUCCUCCUCCCAUAUUUAACUCUGAUUUAUCGCCCUCCGCUCCCGGUGCCUCCUACUCGCAGCCGCCAACUGGCGCUUCAUUAACUGCUGUUCCUGACACGUCUUCUGACCCCUUUGCUGACCCUGCGUCACCCGAAUUCGAGAUCAUCCGUCGCCCAUUCACGCCUACACUAGACGACGAACUCUCUGUCGCCCCAGGCGAUAAAGUACUCGUUAUAAAAGUCUUCGACGAUGGCUGGGCGUUCGUGGAGAAGCCAAACGGCUCCUUAGGUUAUGAUGAGAAGGGCCUCAUUCCCGUGGAUUGCUUGCGCGAAGCCGGCCAGGCCCUCCCAGCAUUCCUAGCUCAAAAGCGGGUGAGUAGCUAUGGAGCUGAUACAAAUCAAUUGGCCCAAAUGUUGGCGGGUAGCUCCCAUCCCGCUUGAAUGACGAACACGUAAUCGUGAUACCAGCAUCAUCGGAAAUCUACGAUAUUUGAUUGCAUAACAAUCUCGAGUUUCUUGCAUUGCUAGAAGGAUCCAUGCAUUCUACCUCAGCCGUCUGACUCCUCAUACUGUUCUCUCUACUCCUCCACGGUUCCAUAGAAUCGCUGUCUAUACCACUUAUUUCAUUCAUUCAAUAUUUGCUUUGCUUAUUUGACUUUGCCCUUCUGUACUUUGCUGACCUGGAGCCAGUUUUGCUGCACUAUACGUACAUGCUGAAUUCUCCGUACUUUAGAUUCCUUGUUGUUGUUACUCUGUCGACGCUGGAUUUUGUAGCGGGUUUGCUAGUGGACCCUUCAUGAGAAGUCUCUUGGCAUAUACACUUCUGCAUCAACCAACCC